UUCCCCUUAUCACUACUCUUAUCUCUAUGUUAGAACAGUGUUAAAAUAAUACUACAGCUCAAGUAGCUUUGCAGACAAAACCUUAUCUUGUGGGCAUACUUCACUUGAUUAACCCAAGUACUUCCUGUAACCUCGUUUGUUUUGUUAUCAUAGGGUUAUACCUAGAUCAAUAUUUUAUAUUGGCUUUCAGUGAUGCAUCUGUGAUUAUAUUGAAACAUUUCUAGGAAUACAAGGCGGUUUGAAAGUACAAAUUUUGAAAGAACCUUUUUCUUAGAUGGCUACACGUUGGGGUAUUAUUUCGGCUGGAAAAAUCAGCAGUGAUUUUGUGGCUGCAAUCAAAAUUCUUCCAGAAAAGGAACACACUGUCUUGGGAGUGGCUGCUAGAAGCAAGUUGUCAGCAGAAGAAUUCGCCAAGAAGUACAAUAUUCCCCUUUCUUAUGGAUCUUAUGAAGAAUUGCUGUGCAAUCCGGAAAUUGAGGUGGUGUAUAUCGGUGUACUACAUCCCAUACAUUAUGAGGUAGCCAAGCUUAGCCUAGAGCAUGGGAAGUCUGUCUUAUGUGAAAAACCACUCUGUAUGAAUGCCAAGGAAACCCAACAGCUCAUUGAGUUGGCCAAAAAGAAGAAGCUAUUCUUAAUGGAGGCAGUAUGGAGUAGAUGUUUCCCAGUGUAUGAGGAAUUAAGAAAGGCUUUACUCAGCAAGACUAUUGGUGAUGUUUUAUAUGUUAAUACUCAGUUUGGUGCUAAAAUCGAGGUUGACAGAAUAUGGAAGAAAGAGCUGGGUGGUGGUACUGUGUUAGACCUUGGUAUCUACACUCUACAGAUGGCCACCUUGGUGCUGGGUAACAGCCCGAUAAAGGUGGUGGCUGCAGGACAUCUCAAUGACGAGGGGGUGGACGAGGCAAUGAGCUGUGUGUUGAGCUACCCUGGUGGAGCUACCGCAGUUCUAUCCACACAUAGCAAGGUCCUGCUGCCCAACACAGCAUAUAUCGUUGGGACCAAGGGUUCUUUUACGAUACACGCGCCCUUCUGGGCACCUACAAAACUGACUCGGUUGAAUGAGGCCUAUGAAAUUAUUGAAGAGAAAGAGUUUCCAUUACCAGACAGUAAACACGUCUUCAAUUUUCCAAAUGGUGCUGGUAUGAGUUAUGAGGCCGCUGAGGUGCGGAGAUGCCUUCUAGCAGGAAUAACAGAAUGCCCUCUUAUCACACACGAGGACAGUAUGGUUUUGGCUACACUGGAAGAUGAGGUAAGGAAACAAAUUGGCGUGCACUAUCCACAGGACGAUUAAAUUACUAAAAAUAAAAUAAUAAAUGUUCACUUUUAUUGUGACAAAUGUAUUAAAAACUAUAAUCACAAAGUAUUAUAUAGUUAUUAUAUAUUUUAUUCUUAUAUAAUGAAAAAGGUUAAAAUUUUAAAGGUUAAAAAAGGUUAAAGUGUAAUAUAUCCCCUCGAAAGAGGCAGACGUGAUGUAAGAUAAGUAAAUAUUAUGUUGGGUAUCAGGGAGAUAGAACAAAAAUACUUUUAAUAUAAUGAAAAAUUUGAUUUUUAUGAAAUAAUGAUCAUAUUAUAAUACAAUCUAUAACUAAUAAAAUGUAUCAAAAGUAUUGAUUUGUAAAUAACACCUCACAUUAAAAAAUGUAAUGCUUAGAAAACAUUAUGUUUUAUAUAAAGUUUUUAUUGUAUUAAAUUAGGAAUACAUUACAGUAAAAGCCAGUUAGUUAUAAAACUUUGGGUGGUAUAAAAAAGAUGAUACCUUGAAAACCUGGAAAUUUUCUACAUAUCUCACUGUAGAAAAUUACUCACUGUGUUAACAACACAAAACUCAUAAGGACGAACGAGGUAAAACUAUGUGAUUUUCGUGAUAUUAGACUUUCACCACAUUACAUAUUAUAAGUUACGUUAACUAAAAUGUAUUAGCUUUAACAUGUGAUAGCCUAUAAGAUACUCACUUUGUUGUUAUAAAAAGGUGUGUAUACCCAGAGAUUUCAUUAAUAUUUAAGUAAUUGUUGCCUCAAACUGAAAAAGAUUUCUUUUAGUGUUUUCACCUUAUUAUUAACCCUCCUCCCUUCCUGUAACUUUUUUUUUUUAGGCCAAUCAUAACUAUUGCCCGAUUGCUAUCAUUUGAAAUUCCACUGUUCAUCUGAUCAUGUAGGAUCCAAGAGCCAAUUUGCAUUGUGCAAGCAUAGAACGGGGGUGUUAUUGAAAUUGGCAGAGAUUUCCCCUAAGAAAGACACCAGUUGAUAGUCGUGCUUGUUUUGGUGGAGUUCGAAAUGGGAUGAUAUCAAGAGUUAAAAAAUAUGAAUGAUAAUUUUUCAGAUCAUAUUUUUCUUAGCUUUACACUCAACAUCAGACACAUAUGUAAUUGUUAAAUCAGUGUCAACUAAUUAGAUAUAGACCUUAGAAGUGGUGAGUUCAGUCUAUUUAUCUAAUUGUCUGACAGUGAUAUAACUAUUAUUUGUGUGUCUGACAGUUUUGAGUUUAUUGAGCUGAAAAAAAUAUCUGAGGAAAACUUUAUAUAUUUUGAAGCCUUUUUAUACUUUCAUUUCGACCUACUCCGAAAAAUAGCUUGGUUGACAAUUGAUUUAUUUUAUAAGGAAAAAUGUAGAUAUCGAUUUAAGAAAAAAACCAAGGUUAUGUCACUUUACAAUGCAAAGUAGUUUUUGGCUCCUGGACUAUGAGGCUUCAUCUAAUAAUAAAACUGUCAAUUAUAUGAAGGUGCCUUGUAUAACAGUUCUGUCAGUAUUCAACUUAAGAUUUACUGUUUCAUUCUUAUUGAUAUGAGUAAGAAAUUAAUAAGAAGGUAUUAAAUAAGUAAAUUAAUAACUUAUGCUUUGUAUGGCAUGUAUUAUUAUACAAUAUUUAUAUAAUAUUUUAUAUAGUAUAUAAUUAUAUUACAUUAUAUAAUAUUUUAUCUAAUUAUGGUCUUGAUAUGUCAAGUUACUGAAAUGUUGAAUUAGUAUUGAUUUUACUUCAAUAAAAAUAUAGUAUUGUUAUUGUUACUAAUAAUAUUUGUAAUUUUACUAAUUAUAUUUCAAUAAAUAAUUGUAUAUGUUU